AUGGGGCUGCUCUGGAUGUGUUUGCUGCUGGUGGCCUCUUGUGCCACCACUGUCCAGGGCUCACUAGAGGUGGACGAUGAGGAGGCCAGCAUCGACGUGCCCCAGCCCUUGCACAUCCUGGUGGAGAACAACCUGAUGGUGCUAACGCCUGCCGCCCUGACCCAGAUGCUGAAUGAGACCCGCUUCCUGAUGGUGCUCUUCCACAGCCCGUCCUCCCAGCAAUCCAGGAGCAUGGCGGAGGAGCUGGGCAAAGCCGUGGAGAUCAUGGGGAAAGGCAAGAACGGGCUUGGCUUUGGCAAAGUGGACAUCACGGUUGAGAAGGAACUUCAGGAGGAGUUUGGCGUCGAGAAGGCCCCGGAGCUGAAGCUGUUUUUCGAGGGCAACAGAUCAGAGCCCAUCAGCUGCAAAGGAGUGGUUGAAUCUACCGCCUUGGUCGUUUGGUUGAGAAGACAAAUUAGCCAGAAAGCAUUUUUGUUCACUGACACGAACGAGAUAGCAAAGUUUGUGAAUUCCAGGCCCUUGGUCAUCAUUGGCUUCUUCCAGGAUUUACAGGAAGAAGUAGCAGAGCUGUUCUACGACAUGAUCAAAGACUUCCCAGAGCUCACAUUCGGUGUGAUAUCGAUCAGAAACGCCAUUGGGCGUUUCCAUGUCACCCUGGACAGUGUUCUCGUCUUCAAAAAGGGAAAAAUCGUGAACCGCCAGGAGCUUAUUAAUGAUAAUACCAACAGAAAUAUCCUCGGUCAAGUCAUGAAACAACAGCUCACAGGUUUUGUUAUUGAAUACAGCUGUGAGAAUAAGGAUCUGAUUUAUGAAUUGUACGUCCUGAAUCACAUGUUGCUCUUCGUCUCCAAAAGCUCCAAGUCAUUUGGUAUGAUAAUGCAGCAUUAUAAGUUGGCAUCGAAGAAAUUCCAAAACAAGAUCCUUUCCAUCCUCGUGGACGCAGAUGAACCCAAAAACAGACGUGUCUUUGAAUAUUUUCGAAUCACGGAGUUCGAUAUUCCAUCCGUCCAGAUCCUCAACUUAAGCUCUGGUGCAAGGUACAAAAUGCCUUUCGAGGAGAUAACCUAUAAAAACCUCAAGAAAUUCGGUCAAAGCUUCCUGAAUAGAAAAGCCAAGAAACAUCAAUCCAGUGAAGAAAUUCCAAAAUAUUGGGACCAGAGGCCAGUUAAGCAGCUCGUUGGGAAGAACUUCAAUGAUGUUGUCUUUGACAAGGAAAGGGAUGUAUUUGUGAUGUUCUAUGCACCCUGGUCCAAAAAGUGCAGGGCGCUGUUCCCAGUGCUGGAAGAGUUGGGGAGAAAGUAUCAAAACCACUCCACAGUCACCAUCGCCAAGAUCGACAUCACAGCAAAUGACAUUCAGCCGAUUCACCUGGACCGGUAUCCCUUCUUCAGGCUCUUUCCCACGGACUCUGAACAAGCUGUACUGUAUAUGGGAGACCAUACCAUGGAGGGCUUUUCUGACUUCCUGGAAAGUCAAAUCAAGGUCAGAAUUAAGGAUGAAGAUGAGCUACUGCCUGUUGAGCAAAGUGAAGCGGCAGAAGAGGAUAUAUUAGCUGAAGAAAAGGAGGUACCUUUUAUAAAGAAAGAGUUACCUGAACAUGAGUUGCCUGAGUUGGAGAAUGUGACUGAGCUGGAAGAGCCAGCUGGGCAGAAAGAAAUGGCCAAGGAGGAGGAGAAGGCGGCUGAGCCCAAGGGGCCUCCGAGACAGAAGAAACCAAGACUGAAGGAAGAACUGUAGCCUCUCCAGAGCCAGGAGGGAAAGUGCCCAUUUUCCAGGUCCUGGCAUCAUUUUCUGAGUGGAUCUACUCCAAUCAAAUUAUAUAUCGUUGCGAUAGGUGGGCGGAGGCUGGAUAAU